AAUCUAUUUUUGAUGGAGUGGGGGGGGGCCACCCAGGGUGCCCCAGAUCACGUUUGCCACUAGCAGCCAACCAGUCGGGCCCGAGUCCGCGGGCAAAAAGCGAUUGGGGGCGAGCGAGCUCGGCCCCACAGUCCCCCGUACGGGUGCCCCCCGCCCGAGCCCGAGGAGGUAUAUCCUGCCCCACCGGCCACCUCCCCUCGUGGAAGCAGAGCAGCGGCCUCGCUGUAGCGCAGAGGCGAGAUGUAGCGAGCCGGGGGUCGCGGCUGGACGCUCGCCUUGGCUGGGAGUGUGGGGGGGCACGCCGGGGGCCGAGGAGGACGGCCGAGGAAGAGGAGUGAUGAGAAGAGGGCGCACCCUGUCCUCCCCGAGACCACGGGCCCUUGCUGCCACUCGCCAGGCGCCCCCCUUCCUCCUAAGCGAGGAGCAGGUAUUCCACGCAGUUUCUCGUGACUUGAAGGACCGGGGAUUCUGGGAGGUUCCAGGUCUUCCCGGGAAGGAAGGAAAUCUCUGGAAGAAAGGUGAAAGACGACAGGCACUGCCCGGGGACCAGCAGAACCUGAGAAGCUGUGGGAAGCUUAAGGACACCAGCCAGAGGCGUGGGAAGAAGCCGCAGCCCCAGGCCCACGCUGCCUUCGGAAAGAACUGAACUCAAACCACUUUUCAUGAAAGAAGGGCCGCCCCAGAGGUUACCCCACAUUUGGCUGGGCUCUUCCACUCUGGAUGUCCCCGCUCUGAGCAACCUGCUGCUGAGAACCAAAGAAGAUAAGAGGCCUGAUUAAUUUCCCCCCAGCCCAGCGCUGGACAACAGGCGUCAGGCGUCUGCACCCCUAGUGGCUGGCUGCGGGGGCUGGUGAGGAGUUUCUGGUUCCCUCCAGCCUGCGGCUUCAGUGCUUGAUGGGGCUGCCUGUUGGUCGAUCAGUUUUUGCAGCACCUGGUAGGAGCGGAGAGCCGUGGGAAGAGGUCCUGCGGCACCCGAGCCUGGGUUCACCCCAAGACUAAGUUCUUUCCUGAGUUAGAGAGGGAGAGAGAAAGCGAAAAAGAAAAAGGAGAGAAGUUUCCCCUUCCUGUUUUCCCUUCCCGUCAUGUCCUCUAAGUUGGAGCUGAAGGACAUCCACCAGCUGAACGGGACUGGCCCUACUGCUUCACCCUGCUCUUCCGAUGGCCCCGGGCGAGAGCCCUUGGCCGGGACCUCCGAGUUCCUGGGGCCUGAUGAGGCUGGGGUAGAGGUGGUGGUGAUUGAGUCUCGGGCCAACGCCAAGGGGGUGCGGGAGGAGGACGCCCUGCUGGAGAACGGGAGCCAGAGCAAUGAAAGUGACGACGUCAGCACAGACCGUGGCCCCGCACCACCCUCCCCGCUCAAGGAGACCUCCUUUUCCAUUGGGCUGCAAGUGCUCUUUCCCUUCCUCCUGGCAGGCUUCGGGACUGUGGCUGCGGGCAUGGUGCUGGACAUCGUACAGCACUGGGAAGUCUUCCAGAAGGUGACAGAGGUCUUCAUCCUGGUGCCUGCACUGCUGGGGCUGAAGGGGAACCUGGAAAUGACCCUGGCAUCGAGGCUGUCCACCGCGGCCAACAUCGGGCACAUGGACACACCCAAGGAGCUCUGGCGGAUGAUCACUGGGAACAUGGCCCUCAUUCAGGUGCAGGCCACAGUGGUGGGCUUCCUGGCGUCCAUUGCAGCUGUCGUCUUUGGCUGGAUCCCUGACGGCCACUUCAGCAUCCCGCACGCCUUUCUGCUGUGUGCCAGCAGUGUGGCCACAGCCUUCAUUGCCUCCCUGGUACUAGGUAUGAUCAUGAUUGGGGUCAUCAUUGGCUCUCGAAAGAUUGGAAUCAACCCAGACAACGUGGCCACUCCCAUUGCUGCCAGCCUGGGGGACCUCAUUACCUUGGCACUGCUUUCAGGCAUCAGCUGGGGACUCUACCUGGAGCUGGAAAACUGGAAAUACAUCUACCCCCUGGUGUGUGCCUUCUUCGUGGCCCUGCUACCGGUCUGGGUGGUGCUGGCCCGGCGGAGCCCAGCCACAAGGGAGGUGCUGUACUCGGGCUGGGAGCCUGUCAUCAUUGCCAUGGCCAUCAGCAGUGUGGGAGGCCUCAUCUUGGACAAGACUGUGUCAGACCCCAACUUUGCAGGGAUGGCUGUCUUCACACCUGUGAUUAACGGUGUCGGGGGCAAUCUGGUGGCCGUGCAGGCCAGCCGCAUCUCCACCUUCCUCCACAUGAACGGAAUGCCCGGGGAGAACUCUGAGCAGGCCCCUCGCCGCUGCCCCAGUCCUUGUACCACCUUCUUCAGUCCUGAUGUGAAUUCUCGCUCUGCCCGGGUCCUCUUCCUGCUCGUGGUUCCAGGACACCUGGUCUUCCUCUACACCAUCAGCUGUAUGCAGGGAGGGCAUACCACACUCACCCUCAUCUUCAUCGUCUUCUACAUGACAGCCGCACUGCUCCAGGUGCUGAUUCUCCUGUACAUCGCUGACUGGAUGGUGCACUGGAUGUGGGGCCGGGGCCUGGACCCCGACAACUUCUCCAUCCCGUACUUGACAGCUCUGGGGGACCUGCUGGGCACUGGGCUCCUAGCCCUCAGCUUCCAUGUCCUCUGGCUCAUUGGGGACCGAGACACGGACGUCGGGGACUAGCCUGGUCACUCAACCUUCUCCCCACCCUCUGCACUUUCUUUAUGGAUUUUGUCUUUUGUUCCCCUCCCCCCACCGUACUCCACACUCCCACCUCUUUCUAGGACUUCACUUUGAUACCGAAUUCUCAUUAUUUUCAAUGGGAAUUUUUAUACAUUGAGCCAAGUUUGUACAGCAAAAAUUCAGGCAGGACAGAGGGACUGAGGCAAGCAGUACAAGUAGAUUUUUGAGACAGUCACCAAGUGCAAUUUCAUGGUGGGUGCCUCCAGGUGAGCUGGAUUGGGGCAGGGUUUUCGUCUGGGAUCUUGGAUCAUGUUUUGGCAAACUUAGCUUUGGCCCUAAUGAGAAACCCUUUGUGAGUUGGCUCUGGUGUUUUUUUCUUUCUUUCUUUCUUUCUUUCUUUCUUUUUUUUUUUUUGGUUGAACAGAGGGAUAAAUAUAUCCCCCCACCCCCCUUCCCCUCACUCACACGUAUACAUUUUUUCUAGAAAUGGACCAACUUCAAGGCAGGAGACAACUGCUCUUGGCUCCAUAUAAUCCUAGCCUCUGCUCUCCGCCUGGGCCCUUCUCUCUCUGAGAGACUAAGGCGGCCUGACUAUUCAGACUGUGCACGUGCCCCUGGCCCAACGGCUGGUAAGCACCACCAGCCCCUGCCAGUGAUCUUUUUGCAAUCGAUUGUCACAUUCAGGAAGAAAUGAGCAGUGGCCUGGUUCCUUGUUGAUUCAUAGUCACCCAUAGGUUUGCCAAGAUCUAUAUCCUCUCUGGGCCCAGAGGACCAAUUCUUUAUCUCUGUUCAACCUUCAUCUCUAAUUGUCUCUAAGCACUACCUUCCCCCAGAGUUGACCAGAUUGGGUUCCAAGAUUAGGGGCAGGGAUGGGUACGUGGAGAAGGGUUGGGAGGUGGAGGGCCACAGGGAUGUCUCGCUGCUGCUGAUUCUCCUGAGGACACAUGGUCACGUGGCCACCUUAAGGCUGUCACUUCGUAAAAUCCCUCAUUCUGUCACCCCGUGGCAAUCAGCUGUCCUCUCGCUUGGCUUCUGCCCACACUCACCAUCCAUUCAUUUACUCGUUCAACAAGUACACGGCCUCCCUCGAGGAGUGCUGCCGCAGGCAUGGUCUGAAACACCCAUUGAGCAGUAUUGAUUGCGUGCCUACUGUGUGCUAGGUACUGUGCCAGGCACUGACCAGCCUGUGGGAAGGGAAAUACAGCUCCAACCUCACCUCAUUCCCCAGAUAAAGGCCACGGGCUCCUUUCGUUCCCGCGCUGUGUCUGCAUGUGUAUCACCACGCCAGGUUCUGCCUCUGGAUCUCCCUCCUAGAUGCCACCUGUGUAAAAUGCUGACCCCAGCUACAGCUCCCAGCCCCGUGGCUCAACCAGUGUCCAUUUCUCUAAAUGUCCCUUCCUCACCUUUCCUACCCUCUACCUCUCUUCACCAGCCACCCAAAAAAAGGAUUCAGAGCUAGUAGACUAGACAUCAACUAGCUGCCUCUACUUUUCUCUGCCUAGCACAAGGUUGGGAGAACACUGGAGUCCCUAUCUUACCCACAUGUUACUCUGAACAGAUCGGAAAUCUGUCCACACACAUGUACAAAGUCUGGACCUUGUGGAUGCAGGUUUUUUUCUAGCCUCUCUAUCCACAGCCUUCCCAGAAACCCUCCCCUCUGUCACCUGAAGGACCCACCUCCAGGGAAAGGCGAAGGAAUGACCUUGUCUCUUACCAACACCAUGCCUUAUCCAGGAACUUGCCCUAUACCUCCAGACGCUGUCUUCUCUCUCCCUCCAUUCCCACCCAGGCCACCUAGUGGAGCUAGAACCUUAGAAUCGGAAGGAAUCGUAGAGGUUGUCUAGUUGGAAUUGUGUCCAACAGAGUUCAUUAACACCAGCCUGGGCUUGUCUCUGCUCCUCAGGCCUUGCAUCUUGUCCCCCGUCUCCAAACACAUUUGCACACACUCUUCUUGUACAGGCACCAAAACCAGCUCCUCUGCCCCCUGAAGCUGUGCCCUGUGCUCCCCAGUCACCCCUGCCCUGUCGCUCACCCCUUCCUCAUCUCGGCCAGGCUGCCCUGGAAGGCUCUGGAGCUUCUUUGCUGAAAAGGCAGGGAGGUAGGCGCGCCCCCAGUCCUGAGUGUGUGAGCAGAGGGAGGACUGUGGGGUGAGACGGCACGAAAAUGAAGUUGGCUUUCAUGGGAGAUUCAUUUAUUUUCCCUGAUUGCACAAACCGCAUGUACUUUCGGCCUGGCUGCAAGGAGCGACAUUGGUUUACUCUUGUAUCCUUAAAAAGUUACAGAACUGUGUCUUAAGAGAAUUAUUUAUAGUUACUAUAACUGAUUUGACAGAUGUCAACAUAACUGAUAAAUUAUAUUUGGUAAAUAAAGAGGACGUUUAUUUAGGUG